CUGUUCCACAGCGAGCUUCACUACGUCUGGCGGCGGAUAGUCAACGUGCUGUUCAUCAAGCACCACCAGCGCGUGCGCGGCUCCAGCAAGAGCAAGGCAUGGUUCGACCUAUCAACAGUGCCGUUCCCGAACCCUAUACGAAGCGUAUUCGUCUCAAAACGGGUGGACAUAUGGAGCAACGGCAGGUUCCACUACAACCGCCCAUUGUUCGAGGAUAAGACGAGGAAUCUAAACGGGGAAGUAUUAAAUGUGGUGUAUUUGGACCAUAUUCCGUCUGUCGUGGUCGUCAAGUCGAACACUACGAAUAGGAUAAGCGGAGUUGAGAUUGAGAUCCUCAACACGCUAGCCAAGAAAAUGAACUUCAUUCCCAAACUGUACCAACCAGAAAACGCUGACCUCCACCAGUGGGGGCAGAAGCAGGCGAACGGCUCUUUCUCAGGGCUUCUCGGAGAAAUGGUCAAUGGCAAGGCAGACGUCGCUUUAGGCAACCUACAGUAUACGCCCUACCACUUGGAGUUAGCUGACUUGAGCAUUCCAUAUAUCUCUGAGUGUUUGACGUUUUUGACUCCGGAAGCGUUGACCGAUAACUCUUGGAAAACGCUGAUAUUGCCUUUCAAAUUGUACAUGUGGAUCGCCGUGCUGUUAGUUCUUUUAAUCACCGGAGCCAUAUUUUAUGGACUCGCUAAAUAUUACGAGAGCCUCCUCAAGAUGAAGGAUGAUGACGUCAUAAAAUCCAGAAGCGGCAAAGAGCUGGAGGUUUAUAAAAAUAAUUCGGAUUUAUACGAAGUACAACCAGCCGGCCUCUACCUCUUCGGCGAAAUAGUAAACAGUAUCCUCUACACAUACGGCAUGUUGCUCGUGGUCUCCCUCCCCAAACUACCCGCAGGGAACUCCAUCAGACUCCUUACAGGCUGGUACUGGCUCUACUGCAUCCUGCUAGUCGUGUCCUACCGCGCUAGCAUGACCGCCAUCUUGGCCAACCCCGCCCCACGCGUCACCAUCGACACGAUAAAGGAAUUAGUAGACAGCAAAGUGACCUGCGGCGGCUGGGGCGCCGAAACAAAGAAGUUCUUCGUAGACUCCUCAGACGAAAUAACACACAAAAUCGGCGAGCGAUUCGAAUCCAUCAACGACCCGUAUUUAGCAGCCAAGAAAGUCGCGCAAGGCGUCUACGCUUAUUACGAAAACAUUUACUUUCUUAAAUACUUGAGCGUUAAAAGGAAGAAUGUUGCGCUGUUUAACAAGUUUACAGAUGAAGAUACAAAUUCCACCAGCAACGGGACCGCUGUGGAGGCGGUUGAGAGCCCCGAGAUGGAGAGGAACCUGCACAUCAUGAGCGACUGCGUCGUCAACAUCCCCGUGUCCAUCGGCUUCCAGAAAAACUCACCACUUAAGCCCCUAGCUGAUACAUACAUCAUCAGGAUCAUAGAAGUCGGUUUAGUAGAGAAAUUGUUGAAUGACGCCAUGCAUCCAAUCAAGUCACUGGAAACAGAUGCAGAGGAGGUCAAAGCUCUGAUGAACUUGAAGAAACUGUAUGGAGCUUUUAUAGCUCUAGCUAUCGGGUACUUUUUGAGUCUAGUGGCCCUCAUAGGGGAAUUACUUUAUUGGCAAUUUGUUGUGAAAAGAGAUCCUAAGUUCGAUAAAUAUGCGAUGGAUAUUUAUUAUUCUAACAAAAGUAAAUAAUUGAACUACUUUGUUGUCAUAAACGC